UUUAAUCGAAGGAAUAUAUUUGUUUUAAGUUGAGGGCUAGAGCGGGUUAUGUUGUUGUUUUUCGUGCUUAAUGCUAACAUGUGUCUCAUGCUAUAGCUAGUUUCUGUUGUUGACAGGUCUGAAGUUCAGUGCACUUUACUAUGACUUAAUAUGUAAAUAUGUAUGAAACGGGGCUUUUUUUUUUAUCAAGCUGCUGGUUUCAUUGUUUUAUUGUUGUUUAUAUAGCCUGCACUAAUAAAGACAUUUCAGCUCUGUGUCUGAUGUCCAAUGGCACCAUGUCCACCGUCAACCCCUUACUUCUGCUUCAACAAUGAACUGUGGGAAGCUCCCGGCUGUGAGUGAAGAAUGGCUAGGUUUAGGCUUAAAUCCUGCAUCAGCUUAAUCGCAUUGGCCUUGCUCCUACUCAUUAUAACGCUGGUUUUAAAGACUCUCACCCCUGAGGACUCCCCUUUUCACAGGCCUGUUGAAGUUCAAGUCGAUCUUCACAGACAGACUGCUUCUCAGAACCAGAGGGAAUACAACAAAAGACCUGAAGAGAUCAAAAUGAGUGACCCUGCUGAGUCAGACAGGGAUGCAGAGCUGGAAAGCACACUGAGGAAGUACCCUCCUCCAAACUACUAUCUCCAUGCCUUCUACUAUAUUUGGUAUGGAAACCCCAAGUUUGAUGGCAAAUACAUCCACUGGGACCAUCCACAGCUGCCACAUUGGGAUGCACAAGUGGCUCAGCAAUAUCCACAAGGAAGGCACGUACCCCCUGAAGACAUUGGGGCCAACUAUUACCCAUCCUUGGGUCCUUACAGUUCCAGGGACCCCGCUGUUUUAGAGGCACAUAUGCAACAGCUGCGUACAGCAGCCAUUGGUGUCAUCGCUGUUUCCUGGUAUCCCCCUUCAACGAAUGAUGACAAUGGUGAGCCACUGGAUGAGAUAAUGCCCUCACUGUUGGAGGUAGCUCAUAAGUACCACAUCAAGGUUGUGUUUCAUAUUGAGCCCUACAAAGGAAGAGAUGAAGUCAACAUGUUUACCAAUGUCAAAUACAUCAUUGAGAAAUACGGAGACCAUCCAGCUUUUUUCAAGUAUCGAACAAAUGCCGGCAAGCUCCUUCCACUUUUCUAUGUGUAUGACUCGUACUUGAUUAACUCGGAGCAAUGGGCCAAGCUGCUUAAACACACAGAAAGCGGGAGCAUCAGGGACACACCGUAUGACGGGAUCUUCAUCGCCCUGCUGGUCGAAGAAAAGCAUAAAAGGGAGAUCCUGACCGCAGGGUUUGAUGGCAUCUACACCUAUUUCGCCACCAAUGGUUUUACCUACGGCUCCACUCAGCGCAACUGGGUCUCCAUCAAAGCUUUCUGCGAGGAUAACGACCUCUUAUUCAUUCCUAGCGUGGGCCCAGGAUACAUCGACACCAGCAUCAGGCCGUGGAACUUUAAAAACACUAGAAACCGCAUCAACGGCAAAUAUUAUGAAACCUCACUGAGCUCUGCGCUGGAGUCAAGGCCGGAUUUUAUCUCCGUUACGUCUUUUAACGAGUGGCACGAGGGGACUCAGAUUGAGACGGCAGUUCCAAAAACGGGUCUAAGUGUAUACCUGGACUAUCUGCCCAACAAGCCAACCAUCUACCUGGAAAUAACUCGCAAAUGGGCAGCAAUAUUUGGUGGAGAGAGACAAAGGUGGCAGGACUUAUAAUCAAAACCAUUUAUUUAUGGUCUAUACUAAACUACUGAAAAAUUGCAUCUCUUUUUUUAAGUCAAUUAUUAUGAGAAAGUCCACAUUACCUACAGUCACUGUCAUUAUCUUAAUUUCAACCCCAGUCAUGAAUGUGUUUUUUGAUUUGCACUUGAACUGUUAUUUUCUGUUUACAAGCUGUGAGUCAUACAUGGUCAGCUGAGAUUAUUAAUCUAAUUACCAAUCCCAGCUGGUACUGUCUUUUUUUAUUCCUGGCUUUUCUGAUUUCAGGAAUGAAUUAUGCUCAGAGGAAUUACUUGAUAUUUAAAAAAACGUCCCACUUAAUAACUAUGAGCCUUAAUGACUGCAAAUAGUGAUGGAACAGAAUGGCUCCUAUGAUUUAAAGCAGAUAGAAUGUUAAAUACCAUUCUUUCACUUGAUUUAUAAGCUCUGUUAUAAGACCGUUAGAAAUGUUGGUAUAGAGCUUAAGUUUUUGCACAAAUCACUAAAUAAACUGAUCAGAUACCGACGUGUUGAUUGUUUUAAGCAUACUUCACAUUUUUGCCAGUGUUACUGUUAUCCUCUUAGCAA